AUGAUUUCCUUAAUCUCCACUUGCUUUCUUCUGGCCAACGCCGUUGCUUCGCUUGCCACAUCCUCAGAGACCAAUGUCAAGAUUGUCUCGCCCGCACCCGGGGCUAGUCUCCAUCUCGGUGCCUCUCUGGAUGUCGUUCUCCAAAUCGAAAAAGACUCCAUGAAGACUUCCCAACAAGUCUUGCUCGGACUUGGGAUGAACUCGGAGGACUCUCAGCACCCCACUUCGCUUGGGGAAGUCUUCCUCGGCCUGCUCAACACCACCCAGACCCCGUUCAGUGCCGAAGGCAAACUCACCUGGUCUGUGAGCAUUCCUGCCCGGGAAAAAAUGAACUCGACCGCAACUUCCUUUUUUCUUGUUGUUUCUCAGUACAUGUUCUCUGGACCAUCGCACACUCCCCACUGUGGCCUAGUCAGCGUCCCGGUUAAGGUCACCGGCCCCAGCGCAUCCGUCCCGGGUGUCGGAGGGAAAGCCCACGGAAGCUCGUCGACGGGCUGUGCUCCGGGCAGCAGCAGCUGUGCGACCGGCUCAUCUCCCAGCUCUGAGACACCCAAAGACCCCUCCUCCAGCAAGCCGGGCUCGGCGGCUUCCCCAGCGACUAUGAACAUGACCUCAUCGAUCGACAAGCCGGCAUCCGGAGAGCCGAAGGCCAACUUGACCAAGACCGAGAUCAAGAAAACGAUCAUUGCCCAGGGCCACAACACCGGCGCAACGAUCCCGGGCGCGCCCAGCAAGGACAGUCUCCCCGGCCAGCCUGCUCCCACAACCCCUUCUUCAUCCACCCCCGCCUCUUCCAACACCACCUCUACCGAAUCCAGCCCCGCCCAAAAGACAGGAUCCGUCUCUCCUUCGGCUAAGACCAACGGAACUAACCCUCCCCCUGAGAGCGAGUCCGCUGCUGCUCAUCUUGGCCUCUCCUCCUCCCACCUCAUCGCCGCGGUCGCCGUCGUUGCUGGUAUCUUCGCGAGCGUCUAACGAUCUGAUUGGAUUCCAGAAUAUAUCCUUGGACGAUCGGACCUCUCAGACUCCUGCUUCUCCCUUUUCCUCUCUCUUCAUCAUUCUCUAGAACUCCAUUAAUUCUCUGAUCUUCUUUUUUUCCCUUUCCUUUUCUUGAAUUUUUUUGGCUUUGGCUUUGCUCAUCGAUGUAUUGGUUUGAUCAACACCCACUCAUUCCUUGUUGUUCCCAAAACCAACUCGAUCUUUUUCCCUUUCCUAUCCUUUCUUUUCUCAUCUUUUUUUUUGUUUCACAAGUCUUCAUAUUUAUCUUCUGCUUCAUCUUCCUUACAGACUAUAUCUUCUUCUUUUUCUUCCUUGUUUCUUCUUUUGUUGAGAUUGGUGGCUGGUUUAUAAGUGGUCAGUUAUCCGCGAUUCCCUCGAAAUAAUAAUAAUACCCAAAAACAAAACAAAAAAA